GUCCCGCAGAGGCGGAACGCGGGGGGGGGACGCCGGUUGUGCAGGGGACAGCUGGAGGCUGCAGAGGCAUGGCUGACCAACGCAGCAGCGCCUGGGCCGGAGGCUUGACCGGCCUGCAGAAGAUCGCCCUGGGCCUUGGCAUCCCGGCCAGCGCUGCCAUCCUCUACAUCUUGUACCGCCGAUACCGGGAGGACCAAGAGGAGCGCGUCACUUUCGUGGGCGAGGAAGAAAUGGAAUUUGUCCUGAAGGUGCCCCAGGAGGCAGUGAAGUACCUUCUCGGGCGGCAGGGGACCAAGGUGAACCAGCUGCGGAAGGACACUCACGCCCGCAUUAAUGUGGACCUGGAGGAAUCCGGUGUGGAGCGGCUGAUCCGGAUCUCGGGCACUCCUGUGCAGGUGUGCAAGGCCAAAGCCGCCAUCCACCAGAUCCUGGAGGAGAGCCUGCCCGUGGUGGAGAAGAUCUCCGUGCCCAGUCGGGCCAUUGGCCGCAUCAUUGGGAAAGGUGGCGAGACCGUGAGGGCCAUAUGCCAGAGCACUGGGGCCAAGAUCGACUGUGACCGCGAAACGGAGGGGGCCCUGUCGCUCACCCGCGUCGUCAGCCUCUCCGGGACUCGCAAGGAGGUCCAGGCCGCCAAGGAAUUGAUCCGCGAGAAACUGUCGGACGACGCUGUCCACAGUAAGUUGUUGCAGUUGGUGUUGGCUCGUUCGCACCGCAAACAACCGCUGGGCACCCGGAAGGAGGAGGAGGCGGCAGCAGCGGCUGGUGAACCAGGAGUGCAGCCUUACUCGUGCGUAGAACCUUGCAGUCAGAUGCCAGAUCUUGGGUACCUCCGCCGAGAGGCGAGCGACGGGCUGCUGGAUUACCGCUUGGGGGAUCCCCCAGAGUCGAGCGGAGCAGAGUCCCCAAGUCAGCCCGCGCCGAUGUCCGCCUUUGAAGCCUCCAGCCCGGGUUUCAACAUCCGCCCAAAAGACCACCUGGAGGUCUACGUCUCGGCCUCGGAGAAUCCCAGCCACUUCUGGAUCCAGAUUAUCAACACAAAAGCUCUGUCCCUGGACAAACUCGUCCGGGACAUGACACAAUACUACGAGACCAACAAUGGCGAGCUGGAAAGCGUGCAGGUGGGGGACAUCGUAGCCGCCUACUACCCCGAAGACCAUUCCUGGUAUCGGGCCGAGAUCCUGGGAACCAUGGACAAUGGCAACCUGGAUAUUUAUUACGUGGAUUUCGGGGACACCGGGGAGGCGCCUCUGGAGAAGCUGCGGCUGUUGCGGGGUGAUUUCCUAGGCCUCCCUUUCCAGGCCAUCGAGUGCAGCUUGGCCGGUGUGGCCCCAACUGGGCCACAUUGGGAAGAGGCUGCCCUGGAUGAAUUCGACCGCCUGACCCACUGCGCCCAGUGGAAAUUGGUGUUCUGCAAGAUCUGCACCUAUGUGUCCGUGGGGGACAGCGUGCGUCCGUGCGUCCGGCUGUUCAAGCCCACCGACGGGCAGUUUGUCGAUGUGGGAGAGGAGCUGAUCCGGUUGGGCUACGCGGUUCGGAAGCUGCCGGACGAAGACGGGGCGACCUCAAGGGAGCUGCCCAGAAACCUGGUUGAUAAUCGGGACACGGAUCCGGCCUCUUUUGGGGUAGGCUGGCUAUGUGACUAG